UGUCCUUAAAUGAAUUGCUCUUUACACAUUUGCAUUAAUUAUGUGACUCGGUUAUCUUUUAAUCUGUGUACGCGUUCAUAAAUGUUAAAUAUAUUUAAAUAUUAAGUAUAAAGUUCAAUAAUAAAUCAAUUGGCACACCAUUUUCGGGUUACUUUCAAGCAAAGAAACAGAAAACCUAAUGAUCGGCACAAAAAAUUUCGCCAGUUUUUCUACGGAAUAUGAUUCGACGAGAUUAGGAAUGGAAAAAAAGUAUUUAAACCAAUAUUUUCACGUUAUCUUGUCAGCAAUCUCUUCUGGAUUACGAAUACCGGAUAUUCUAAUCGAAUGUAAGUUCCUAACCUCGUAACACAGCUUCGUAGUCAUAAAUAUACUACGAAGCUAGACGCAGAAAUAUUUCAUAGAUAGUGAAAUGGCAACUAACGAACAGCGUCUCGAAUUCGAAUUCAUGGAGAAGAAAUCAAAUCUGAUGAGCAUGGCAUACGAAUUGUCGGUAAUUGGAAACACCCAGGUUUUAGUUUUUGUGCAUCACGAUGGGGGGAAGUCGGCAUGUUUUUGCACGAUAGAUUUCCAACCUGUUGUUACCAGUGACUCUGGAAAGCAAUUAAUUCAAUCAUGCCUCGAUAAUAACAAAUUUACGUUAUCGGAAAAUGAGGGCUAUACGGUUGUGAAUAAUAUUUCAAACGAAACUAACUCGUCAACACCAAAUAGAGAAGAAGCUAAUCCAGAAUUUACGGAAAGGAAAUCCCAAUUACUGAGCGAGGUUGAGGAGGUAUCGGCUAUCUGUAACACGCAUGGUUUGGCACUCAUAAUGAAUUACGAUACCGGAGAAUUGACGAGUUUUUUUACCAAAAGUUUUGAACCCGUAGUCGCAAGUGAAGCUGGAAAAAAAUUACUCAAACUGUGUAUAAAGGAAAAGAAUUAGGAGUCAACGUGAUUCGAAAAAAAAAUUUCAAGAAAAAGAAGAAGACCGUCAAACAGACGAGAUUUGUCAAAAGUAUAUUUAAAAAAUAAUAUAUCAUAUUUGGAGAUUAUUGCUAAGCACGUCUUGACGUCCUAUACAUGUAUACGCGCAAAAAUAUAUAAUUACGAUAUGCGCGAUACAUUUGAUUAAGUGAAGACUGUAAAUUAGAAUAUUCGAAAAUACGAUGUAAACUGAAACGUGAAAGGUUCCCGACCGAAGCUUCGCGAUCUAUAAUUUCGUAUACUAUUUAUCCACAGUGUACAAUACCGUCUAAUAAAUCGAGCUGAAUAGGUAUACGUGUAUAAAAAAGAAAACAAAAGAUGAAAAAAAAUAUAUAU